UUAAAAUUGUAAGCGCAUUGUUCGUACUAUUAUUAGGUUUAUCCACAAGACAAAUAAUGAAACCUAGACUAACGUGGAUCUUACUUCUAGUGGCGGGCUUGACGGAAGGCAAGAAAAUAUCAAAUGGAAGAGAGAAACGACAAAUAGUAUUCGGAUCUCCAGAGUACUAUGAAAAUCCUUGUAACUACACCGCAUCGCCAAAACCGGACUUCUCCAGACCUGGUCUAAGACUCAGCGCAGUUAAAUGUAUAGAACAUUUCUGGGUCAUGAAGCGCCAAAAACAGGACCAAUUACAACGAUUGCACUGCUACAACUGGCAACACAGGAACGACGAAUUUUUUUCUGGAGGUGGUAUCGGAGGACGUAACACUAAGGCUGGAGAGUUUCCACAUAUGGGCGCAUUAGGGUGGAGAGCUACUGUCGGAACGUGGGUAUUCAAGUGCGGAAGUUCCUUGAUUAGCUCUAAAUUCCUUCUGACCGCUGCUCACUGCUCUAGAGUACCUGCUCGAGACACUAGUGUGGCCAAUCCUGUCCCAGAAAUCGUAAGACUUGGGGAUAAAAAUAUAGCGGAUGUGUAUACUAACGGCAUUGAUCCAUAUGACGUAAAAAUCAAAAGAAUUGUUAAACACCCGAACUUUAAUUCGCCGCUGAAAUAUUUUGAUAUUGCAAUUAUAGAGUUAAUGGACCAAGUAAAGUUUUCGGAUCUCAUACAACCUGCGUGCCUUUGGACAGCUUCUAAUAUUGGAACGCUUGGUAAAGAAGCCACUAUCACUGGGUGGGGUGUUACAGAAACAGCUGGAAAAACGACGUCACCAGAGUUGCAAGCUGUGUUGCUGGACUUCAUAGAUUCAAAUGAUUGUGACCGGCUCUUGAUGAAAUACAGAAGCAGACAAUGGCAUGGACUAGAUGCGCAUCAACUGUGUGCUGGAAAACUUGCUGGUGGUGCAGAUUCUUGCAAGGGUGAUUCCGGUGGACCACUUCAAGUAAAAUAUAAAUUAACGAAGAGGAAUCCGUUGAUUCCCAACGGUAUUCAUUAUCUAGUAGGAGUGACAUCUUUCGGAAUACGCUGCGCUGUAGCUAACCUCCCAGGAGUUUAUACAAGAAUAGCCAGUUUUGCUGACUGGAUAGAAGACGUAGUGUGGAGAGGAUUGUAAAGCAAUAACAAUAAAUUUUUUA